GGGACGAGCUCCCACCGCAGCAGGUUCCGGAGUCUGGAGACCGCGCCUUCCUGGGGAGGGAACCCCGCCGGGCUGUAGGCAUGGCCCAGGAGAAGGAAAACGAAGACCCUAUCGGAUCUAUCUUAAUCCAGGUCCAUGAAGAUCUUUAUGAAUUAAGGAAGAAAUUAACAAAAUUCCCGCUUGAGGAAAAAGGCGGGGCUCUAGACAUUCAGAAUCUUGAAACAGCAAUCAAAAGGACUGAAAUGGGGUUAAAAAUACACAUCGAGAAGUAUUUAAACGUUGUACACCAACAUGUGUUAACAACUCCUAUUGAUUAUAACUUAUAUUCGUCUCAUGAUUCCAAAUGGUUGUUCCCAGCUGUAAUUGAUCAGAAAACAUUUAUUUUCCCUCUGGAAUCUGAGGGGAAACUUUGGCAACCCCAAAAGGAACACAGUUCAUUUCCACGUGCCUUUCCAAGAGUAAAGCGAAAGACAGGGUUGAAUAUAAAAAUCAUGCAGGAUCCUGAAAGCACCCACCACAGAGCUGCUGUCAGUGCGACCUAUGGAAUCAGUCUGCCAUACAUUAACCAGAGAAAAGCAAGUUAGGGCCUUACAGGUUUGAAUAGACAAGAAGAAAUCUCUGAUCCUGUUCAUAUUUACUCAUUGACAUUUAGUUCUAGUUAGACUUUAUAAUGCAACACAUUAAAAGAUCUACAGAAAAUUUGACUUUGAUUUAUAUUUUUUUAAAUAAGGGUUUCUUAAAAGGCUUGAAACAUGUAUCUGUUACCAUGAAUUUUAAAAGAACGAUUAUGAAUGCAUAACAAAAUAGCCAAACAAAAACAUUGCUUUGAAUUGCUGCACAAAUAACUCUGAUUAUAACUGUUAUGACCUACAAAAGAAUCAUAAAAACAUUUUUCUUUUUGGCAACGUAUGAGUUGCUGUAGAAUUAUACCAGUUCUUUGGUCCCACUUUCCAAAUAAAUAAAUAUAUAAUGCAAUGUAAA